GGCUUCCUCUCUGCCCCUGCUCUGUGUGUCUGUGUGCUCCUGUUUCUGCUGGCCCACUCUUAACUCUCUGUGCCUCUCUCAGUCUCUCUUGCUCCAACGAAAAUGAGUGUCAAACGAAGCAGCGUCAGGGGACCUGGUAGUGGGUACAGCCAAUCCAUCACUCGCAGCUCUGCUGCUCCCGCCUACCGGGCCGCCAGCACCUAUGGUGGGGCUGGGGGUCAGGGGACCCGCAUCUCCUCUGUGUCCUACUCAGGUGUGCGCAGCGGGAUGGGAGGGAUGGGGAUGGGAGGCUCCGGGGGCUCCAUGUCCAGCAGCAUCCAGGUGAGUGCCAGCGGGGACACAGCCGACAUCAUGGGCAAUGAGAAGUUUGCCAUGCAGAACCUCAACGACCGUCUGGCCUCUUACCUGGAGAUGGUGAGGAACCUGGAGCAGGCCAAUGGCAAACUGGAGCUGAAGAUCAGGGAGGCCAUGGAGAAGAGAGGCCCAGACGUCAACGACUACAGCCGCUACAACGCCAUCUUGGAUGACCUGAGGAAGAAGGUGUUUGAUGCCACAAAAGACAACGCCCGUCUGUGUCUUCAGAUCGACAAUGCACGCUUGGCUGCUGAUGACUUCAGGGUGAAGUUCGAGUCCGAGCUGUCCAUCCGGCAGUCUGUUGAAGCUGACAUUGUUGGCCUGAGGAAGGUCAUUGAUGACACCAACAUGGGCCGCAUGAACCUGGAGAGCGAGAUCGAAUCUCUAAAGGAGGAGCUCAUCUUCCUGAAGAAGAACCACGACAACGAGGUGAUGGAGAUGCGUAACAUGAUCUCCCAGUCUGGAGUGCAGGUGGAUGUGGAUGCUCCUAAGGGACAGGACCUGGCCGCUAUCAUGGCUGAGGUCCGGGCCAAGUAUGAGAAGGAGGCCCUGAAGAACCAGGAGGAGCUCAAAGCAUGGCACGAAACACGGAUCACAGAGGUGCAGUCUGUGGUGUCACAGAACACAGAGGCCCUGCAGGGCGCACACACAGAGAUCAAUGACCUCCGCAGACAGCUACAGACACUGGAGAUUGAGCUGGACUCACAGAAAAGCUUGAAAGGUUCUCUGGAGGGAACCCUGCGUGACACAGAGAUGCGCUACAACAUGGAGAUGGAAUCCUUGAACAACAUCCUCGUGGGUCUGGAGUCUGAGCUGACCAACCUCCGCUCCAACAUCCAGCAGCAGACACAGGAGUACGAGCACCUGCUCAACAUCAAGAUGAAGCUGGAGGCGGAGAUCGCCACAUACAGAAGACUGCUGGACGGAGGAGACUUCAAGCUCCAGGAUGCUCUGGAGGACCAGCGGACAGUGAAGACCAAGGUGAUGACCGUCACACAGACUCUGGUGGAUGGGAAAGUUGUCUCCUCCAGCACAGAGACCAAGGAGAGGAAACAGUGAGACCACACCCAUCAUUCCCCGUCAUCCUUAACGUACAACACCAAUCGACACAUCAUAGGCAUACGAUAACAUCUAGCUGGAUAAGAAGAAAGCUAUCUCACCAUUGUAUUUAUUUCAUCAUUGUUUAUUUUGCUUUUGGGUCUUGUGUUUUUUUUUAAAUCUUUAAACGUAAGAAUACAUACGUUUAUAGUACAAGUUCACAAUUGAGAAAUUUGGGACAAAGUUGGUUUAACCAAUGUUUUAGACCUUUAAACUAGCAAUUGGAUGAAGUAAAAUAUCUGUAUUAUCUAUUAACUUUCUUUUUCUACCAUUGUCAUCUUACUUUUCUUUCUGUCCAAUUGAAUUUGCCUGAUGUGAUGUACCUUCAUUGUACAAUAAAAUUUUACCGGAAUCUUGA